UUUUAAUGUGAGAAAUAAAGGCGGCAAAUAUUAAUAUGAUCGAUCUCAACUGACCGUUACCCAAAAUAGGGAAAACCCUCUCUCUGCCUCUAAUAAUCUUUUCAACAAGAAUUGAUUCGAGACAAAGAUUGCAAAUUCUGUUUUUCUGUUCAGAGAUGAUUGGAAGAGUUAAUGGGGAAGAAAGGGGGUGGAUGGUUUUCUGCAGUGAGGAAGGCAUUUGUCUAUAGUAAUGAUUCAAAGGAAAAUACAGAAGAAAAGAAACCACCUCAGAAAACUGCUUCUAAGAAAUCAUGGUUUGGAAGGCAAACGAAUGUCGAAUCAGAAUCCUCACAACCACCCGAAUCUGCGUUCGCUACCCCUGCGCUUCGUUCUCCUCCAUCCGAACAUGACGAUGAAGACAAACCUGAACAAUCACAGGCCGAAACGAGUGAACCCACGGAGCCAGAAAGCGAGCAAACAGAACCCACAAUAACACCAGAACCUGAGCCAAACGAGCCCGCAAAGCCUGAAGAUCAGCCGAGCAAACCCACAAAACCAGAAGUUGAGCCGAAGAAGACCACAAAACCGGAGAAUGAACCGAGCAAACCUGGUUAUACCUCAAGGGUAGCAGUAGCAGCAGCAGCGUUUAGACGUUUUUUAGGUAAAUCCAAGGAAGAUAUAGCCGCCAUUAAGAUUCAGACAGCUUUUCGGCGUUUCUUGGCACGAAGAAAGUUGCGGGCUUUGAAAGGGCUUGUGAGAUUAAAAGUGUUGGUUCAAAGUCAAUCGGUCAAACGACAAGCAAUAACCACUUUAAGAUGUAUGCAGACUCUAGCGCGUGUCCAGUCUCAGGUUCGAGCCAGGAGGAUCAGAAUGUCAGAAGAAAACCAAGCCCUUCAAAGACAGCUUAUGCAGAAACGCGAGCGAGAGCUUGGUAACAUGAAAUCCUAUUUGGGAAAUGAAUGGGAUAAUACUCGAAGAUCCAAAGAGCAAGUAGUAGCAACAAUGCAACACAAAGAAGACGCUACUGCACGAAGAGAACGGGCACUGGCUUAUGCGCAGACUCAACAGCAAAUGUGGAGGAACCCAUCAAAGUCUGCAAACCCGACAUUUAUGGAUCCAAAUAAUCCGCAAUGGGGCUGGAGUUGGUUAGACAGGUGGAUGGCGUCUCGGCCAUGGGAAUCGCAAUCUCAAACCGACAGCCCAACCGAAACUGAGCAACCAUCUCCAAAAAUAACCCGUUCGUCAUCUUUUGGCGACAUGAGCCAAACACUGGACCGGUCACCUUCCAUCUCGUCACCACGGUCACCAGCUGUAUCAAACCGUCGGCUCACACUAUCAGGCCCGAAAAGCAUAAAUGACCUUUCACCGUCCCCACGGAACAGGAGGCAUAGCAUUGCAAAUUCUUCAUUUCAGGAAGACUCUACGGCUCGUGUUUCUUCGCCUCGUGUUUCGUCUCCACCUGUUUCGUCUCCACGUGUUUCGUCUCCCCGUGUUAAUUCACCAAGGUCAAUUAAGACCAAGUCCAGGAUUCCAAGCCCGACCCUGAGCCCAAGCCCGAGCCGUAGUCCAAGUCCAAGCCCGUUAGGGUCUGGAAGGAAAGGGACUACGGAAAAGAAACCAUCGACGGCCCCCGCGAAAAGGCGGAUGUCGUUAUCGGGUCCAGCAUCCACCGGUGGUGGUCGUGGCGGUGGUGGUGGUGGUGGUGGCAAUCGUAGGUUAUCGAUGUCAUCUAGGGUUGGUUCUGGUACUCGUUAAGGAUGUUAGUAUUAGCUUGUAAAAACUAAAAACUUUUACGGUAUACCAAUGUUAUGUACUUAUGUGAACCGGACGAUAAGUACAUGUUUUUAACGUAUUUAAGAAGUUUGUAUGUUACUGUUUAGAUCAUUGUUGUAUAUAUCAAUUUUUAACUA